AUGUUUGACAUUGACAGUCCCUCGUAUUCCCGAUUAGAAGCGGAAAAGCCGGAGAAUUUGGACUCACUGGAUGAAGAGUCUCGUUCCAGUGAUGGUUUGUUACAUCACAGACCCAAAUUAUCCCGGGGGCGAUGCUUCCAGUGGGCCAAAAUCCCCAAGAUUAUUCUUCCUAUUGUGUUCUUUGCCCUCAUGGGAACCCAUAUGCUUGCCUUGUUCCUGGGCUUGAAGCUACGUCCCAACCUGGAUGAACUUUGUCUGUCACAUACUUCAGCAUACUCACCGGUGUUGAAAGAAAUCUCUCCGGAACUCAAAUUAGUCCAGUUCAACGGGACUUUAGGGUAUCCUUCCGAGUAUACCGGGGACCCGAGCCCUGAAUUGGACGCAGUCUGGGACAAGUGGGGAUACGUUAAAUAUGCGAGCAUUCCACCGGAAGAGUUUAUGAAACUCCCAGGAGCUGAUCCAGACGCUGCGCGACUUACUCCCGAAUACGGCGGAGGGUAUAUCGGCUUCUUGGAGGUCAGCCACCAACUUCAUUGCUUGAACAUGAUGCGCCAAGCCAUGCAUCAGGAUUACUACAAUAACCCCGACUUCCCCGAGCAGCGCGCUGCAGUUUUCACCGAUAGGCCAUUCACAGUCAAGAUGCAUCUGCAGCACUGCGUUGAGAUCCUGCGUCAGAACAUCAUGUGCAACGCUGAUGUCGGGAUUAUUCCUCACGAGUGGGUGACUCAAACCCCAGACCCCUUCGCCAACUUCAACACCUGGCACAAAUGUCGCGAUCUGGAAAGUGUAGAGAAGUGGAUUCAUGAGCAUGAGAUUCCCACUCCACCGGACGGCAGCGAUCUGCCAAUUCCGCUGGAUUCGAAGAUCUUUCCCACUCUGCCGUAG